AUGCCUUUGGUGACGUGUCCCGUAUGUUCUAAAAGUAUAGAGGAAGCGCUCUUAUUGGCCCAUGUGAACAAUUGUUUGGACCAACAGGAGAAACGGAGUUCAUCUCAGGAAGAUGUUGGUGAGACAUCAAAGAAGAGAAGUGGAGGGAAUACUUUUGCCGCCUUGGGUCUUCGGAAGGAUGGAUAUAAAAGAGUAAAGAGGUCUUCUGAACGGAAGAAAGAAGGUCCCACGCUCACGAGUAUCCUUAUAGCCGAAAGAAAGAUAUUGGCUUCACAGAAUGAAGUGGCAACACAGGAACCAGAUACGGCAAUAGAUGCUCCCAGUAGUGAAGCCGAUACAACAGUAGGUGGCGAUGGUAAUGGUGAUGGCGAAGCUGUGGUCGAAUCUACUCCAGAUCUAGAUAAACUCCGUCAGAUCCAACUGCAGACUCCCAUCAUCACCAAGUCCAAGUUUCUACAGUUGAGUGAAGAACGAGAACUUAUGAGAAAGGAAGCACAAGUUCCCUUGGCCCAGAAGGUCCGUCCUAAGCUGUUGACGGAGUUCUUUGGCCAGGAACAUUUAUUAGGGUCCAAUGGCCUACUUCGGAAUAUCAUAGAAUCGGAUAUGAUACCGUCCUUUAUCCUAUGGGGACCUCCGGGUGUAGGGAAGACUACACUAGCACGAAUCAUAGCCAAUGAGUCUAACAGUAAGUUUGUAGAGCUUUCAGGGUCAGAUGGUACUACCAAAAGAUUACGAGAAGAGUUUGAAAAUGCAACCUUGGAGAAGAAAUUGAGUGGAAGGAAGACAGUUUUGUUUCUUGAUGAAAUCCAUAGGUUCAAUAAGGCAACUCAAGAUAUUCUUUUACCAGUUAUAGAAGAUGGAACAGUAACCAUUGUUGGUGCAACCACUGAAAAUCCUUCGUUCACAUUGAAUAAUGCCUUAUUAUCACGAGUUCAUGUCUUCACUAUGAAACAUUUGCCCAUAGAGGCCAUUACAAGGGUUAUCUUUAGAGCACUAUUUCAUUUGAACAAAUCCAGGAAGGGGUUCUACAAUUUACUCCCCAUCUUGUUGACAAGGGAAGCAGCAGAGUUCGUGGGUGGUCUUUCAGGUGGUGAUACACGAAUAGCCUUGAACACUAUUGAGUCAUUGCAUGCAUAUCUUUCAGCCUCCAAAUUUAGUAUUAGUUCUUCUUCUGAUGAUAAUAUCAAGAAGAAUGGGUACAUUCAAGUUACCACGGAUCAAAUCAAACAGUUGUUCCAAUCAGGCAACUAUAGAAAGAUGUAUGAUAGAGAUGGUGAUUCUCAUUAUGAUACCAUUAGUGCCUUUCAUAAGUCUAUUAGAGGAUCUGAUGCAGAUGCAGCUAUUUUCUAUUUGACUAAGAUGCUUUCCAGUGGUGAAGACCCCAAUUUUAUUAUCCGGAGAAUGCUUGUGAUUGCCAGUGAAGACAUUGGUUUAAGAGAUAGUUCAUGUCUUCCCUUUGUGGUCGCAGCAAAACAAGCUUUUGAUUUUGUUGGGUUACCUGAAGGGGAGAUAAUAUUGGCUCACUGUACUAUAAAGCUUGCCAGGGCUCCCAAAUCAACUAAAUCUUACAGAGCAUUACGUUUAGUACAAGGUUUAUUAAAGGAGAAGCCAGAGCUUUCAAACAUACCCAUCCCCUUCCAUUUGCGCAAUGCCCCCACCAAGUUAAUGAAAGAGAUGGGGUAUUCUGAGGGUUACAAGUACAACCCAGACUAUACUCAAGGACUUGUGAAACAGGAGUAUCUUCCUAAAGAUUUAAUAGGUACAAAGUUUGUUGAAGAUCAGCAUUUAGGACUUGAGGAUGAUCCAGAUGUUGCUAAGGAGAAAUUGGCGAUGGCUAAAGAGUAUGAAGCUAACUAUGAGGAGUUUAAGAAGACAAAGAGAGAGCAACUUAAGAAAGAAUAUGAAGCCAAGAUGGUCGAGGAGACUAAAGCAGUAGAAUGGAACAAUAGCAAAUUGGAAAAGUAUUAUAAAUGGAAGCUACUAAAGGAAAUUGGACAGCUUGAACAAUGGCAGAAACUUGAACUGAACGAGAACCAUCCAAGCGUUUAUAUCAAUGAAGCACUUAUGAAUACCUCCACUUCAUUUAUUAAAUUAAACAGCUCCAACUCGUUUAACGCAACAGACAUUGACAAAAACGAGGAUGAGCAAGAAGAAGAAAAGGAAGAUGACGAUGAUUACGGCUAUGAAAGUAAUGAAGAUUCAUUUGUACACUAUGAGCCCGAAUAUCCAUCGGUAUAG